AUGUUUGUGACGGCGGGGAGUCCCCAGCCAUUCUCCACUCCAGGCUGGGCCAUUGAGAAGAAAUACUCAACCAGUGUGCUCACUGGAAACUGGGUAGAGGAAAGAAGGAAGUUCACCAGAGCCACUGAGGAGACUCCCCAGUGCAUUUACAGAAAGGAGUAUGUCCCCUUCCCAGGCCACAGGCUGGACCAGAUCUCCAGGUGGUACUGGAAAAGGAGAAUUGAGGGGCUCCCAUACAAACAUCUGAUCACGCACCACCAGGAGCCCUCACACCGCUACCUGAUCAGCACAUAUGAUGACCACUACAACCGGCAUGAUUACAACCCAGGCUUGCCCGCCCUGCGCACCUGGAACAGACAGAAGUUGCUGUGGCUGCCAGAGAAGUCAGACUUCCCCCUUCUUGCUCCGCCUACAAACUAUGGACUCCUGGAGCAGCUGAAGCAGAAGUGGCAGGCCCCCAGGGAUGGACUGAAGGAAAGCAUCUACACGUCAUCCUACCCCGUGCCACCACUGUGCGCUCUGUCCAGGCGGGAGCACGCCAUCCCUGUCCCUCCCCCUCGCCUCACCCCCACCCCACACUUCUGA